AUGGGGAGGCUGGAUCGUCUUCCGACAGAGCUGGUGAUUAAAAUCGCCAACUCUGCUCCAGACCUCGUGACUCUCCAUCACUUGACUGUCGCUUCAACUCGCAUCUCUGAAAUAUUCGACCAAAUUGGCAUGGAGAUUCUCGAAUCAGUCAUGGAUAACGACACUCCUCCUGAAAUUCGGUACUUGGUCCGACUCAUGGCCAAAGUCCACGCCUGCACGCCAGAGGCCCCCAUGGCCUCGACAUGUAAAGGAUUUCUAGACAGAUACGUAGCCAGCAUUUACGGGACUUGUCUAGAAUAUAGCAUCCAUGGCACUUUGGCCGAAUUCGACCCCUUUGUUGGUACUCCUCUUACCGAGAUUGGUCGGGUGUCGGCGUACUCGCCAUAUCGUUUCAACCUUUAA